AAGCUGCUUCAGUACCGUCCGUUCCCCAAGGUGAUGAGGUGUAUGACCAACACCCCCGUCGUGGUGAGAGAGGGAGCUACAGUCUACGCUACAGGAACACAUGCUGAGGUGGAGGAUGGUAAGUUGUUGGAACAGCUGAUGGCCAGUGUUGGGUUCUGUACAGAGGUGGAGGAGGACCUUAUCGAUGCCGUCACUGGCCUCAGUGGCAGCGGCCCCGCCUACGCGUUCACAGCUCUGGAUGCCCUAGCCGAUGGAGGGGUGAAGAUGGGUCUACCCAGGAGACUAGCGGUCAGACUGGGAGCUCAGGCACUACUGGGAGCAGCUAAGAUGUUGUUGGACUCUGAGCUGCACCCUGGCCAGCUGAAGGACAACGUGUGUUCCCCUGGGGGAGCCACCAUCCACGCCCUGCACGUGAUGGAGAGUGGCGGAUUCCGCAGUCUGCUCAUCAACGCCGUGGAGGCUUCUUGUAUCAGGACACGGGAGCUGCAGUUCCUAGCGGACCAGGAGCGCAUCUCCCCGGCAGCCAUUAAGAAGACCACCCUGGACAAGGUCAUGCAGCAGCCUGGGGUCAGCCAGGGGUCAGGGGUCAACGGCAAGCCAGGACUCAGCCUCAGGAGAAACCCUCCAGGACCUGUCAAGAAGAACAACUGAGAUGGAGACACACACACACAACACCUAUAACGCCAGGACUCAGCCUCAGGAGAAACCCCCCCAGGACCUGUCAAGAAGAACAGCGAUGGAGACACACACACAACACCUAUAACGCCAGGACUCAGCCUCAGGAGAAACCCCCCCAGGACCUGUCAAGAAGAACAGCGAUGGAGACACACACACACAACACCUAUAACGCCAGGACUCAGCCUCAGGAGAAACCCCCCCAGGACCUGUCAAGAAGAACAGCGAUGGAUGGACACACACACACACUCUCUCUCACAACAUUUGUAAAUGCAGCUUGCACAGGCCCAUAGCCUUGUCUGACAGGGAGUCCGUGUACACACACGUGAACAGAAAUGCAUGUACAACAUGCCGCCUGUCUACCUUGUCUUCAGUCUGUCUGAGGAUGUGUGUCUCCGUGGUGAUAACGAACCAAUGGGCCCAAACAUCAGUGAAUAUUUCAGAUAGAAAUGCAAUGCAUAGAGCUGACAUGAUUCCUUAUUCUGCAUGACAGAGGAAUGCAUAGAAUCUGCUCUUUGCAAUUCAUUUCUUUCUGAGCGUUUUCUUUUUAAUGUUGCCCCCUGCAGCCGAAGCAGACAACAGAUGGCUUCGGUGAUGGCUUUUUUUGCCUGAUGACUCAAACUGAAUUCUUCCCACUGCUCUGUUCACUGCUCUGUUCACUGCUCUGUUCACUGCUCUGUUCACUGCUCUGUUCACUGCUCUGUUCACUGCACACGUCAAAGUUGUUUGUGGUGAUGUCAUAAUGAGGGAUGUUGUACAAAAGUGAUCAGCGAUUGGAUCACCUCGAACCAAUCAGAGCAUCAAAGCCAAUGACACAUUUUUUUUUAAACGCCUCUUUACUCACGUGUGCUUUGGCUCUGGCCCAACCCAUUGGUUUCUGGGACCAAUCGGAACCUUUUGUUUUUGUGUUCAGGAAAACCGUCAAGGGCGGGAUACUCUGAUCCAGACUCAUUGCGGAGAAUUAAUGCUAGUGGCCUAGUGUUUUCACGGGAGCAAGGAGUUUGGGUACCUAGGCAAGCCAUUUCUAAGGGAGUGUCCCAAAUUGCACCCUAUUCUCCCCCUCCCCAAUAGGGGUCAAAGGUAGUGCACUAUAAAGGAAAUAGGCUGCCAUUUGGGAUUUACACCAAGUGUACUAUACAGACAGUUACAAUGUAUUUUAUAUGAAGCCAGAUCACACCAUGAAAACCCUUAUUUUGCUUGUUGUGAUUUUCUUUUCAUUAUUCUUGGCCUACAGUGUUAUUUUAUGGACUGACUGAAGAACAUUUGUUUUGAGUUUUGUUUUUUAAAUAUUCUAUUGUCCGUAUGUUGCGGUCACCAUCAGGACAAAAAAAUGAACACUAGCCACCAGACAAGUGAACACUAGCCACCAGACAAGUGAACACUAGCCACCAGACAAGUGAACACUAGCCACCAGACAAGUGAACACUAGCCACCAGACAAGUGAACACGAGCCACCAGACAAGUGAACACGAGCCACCAGACAAGUGAACACGAGCCACCAGACAAGUGAACACGAGCCACCAGACAAGUGAACACGAGCCACCAGACAAGUGAACACGAGCCACUAGUAAUCUGCAUAGAUUACCAGAACUAACCCAGACCUGGAGAGGUGUUCAACAUCAGUAACCACAGCAACGUGAUGUAACAUUCUGAUCAUCUGCAGACAUGUUCUAUCUGUUAAGUGAGGAAGACUCAACCUUCAGUGAAGAAGAUGCUACCAUGUUAUUAUCUGUCUCUCUAAAAGGGAACGUGGUAUUUAACCUUCCAGUGCUGGUAUAUUUACUUUAUAUCUGUCGUCAUUCACUUUAACAUGGAACUAUUCAUUUGUAUGUUUUGACACUGAUUAGGAAAAUGUGUAUGGUCAAUUACCAAAGGCUCUGUCCUAUAUUGUAUAUUGAGUUAGCAUAUGGUAGUGAAAGGAGGCAAGUCGAGGAAGCUACCUACCAUAGAGUAUUGGGAUGCAGCCCAGCUCCAGCUGUUCAGUUGUUUCAACUCCGCAUCUGGAGACACAGGGGAAGUCACAGUAUGUGGACGUGUGUGUGUGUGUGUCCCUGUUUCCUUGACAAGUACAGUUCUACAGAUGUCGUCGCCCGUCAUCGUCACGUACUAAACGGGGGACAGACGGGGUAAAGUUUCAACCCCAGUGCCCCCACGGAUACAAAUAGACAUUUGUGAAGAGUGGCUGUAUACCAAAUGGCACCCUAUUCCCUACACAUGUAUGCAUGCUCUAAGGGUCCUGGUCCAGUGUUGUCUACUAUACAGGGAAUGUGGUGGCAUUUGGGAGUCGGGAUGCAGACAGUUUUUCCCUCGCUGCCAUAGAUACGGAUUCUGAUUGGUUGGCGAGGGAGGAAACGAGUCGCCGGUUUUAGAACCCUGUCGGCAAUCUGAAGGAGGUGGGUGACAUCUCAGGUCCAGGAGAGGUUCAGGUCAGGGUGGAUGUGGCAUUCCAUUCCCUAUAUAGUGCAACACUUCUGACUAGGACCCAUAGGGCUGUGGUCAAAAUUAGUGCCCUAGGAAAUGUGGGUGCCAAUGAGCAUGCACAGACUGGCUCUUGGGGUUACCCAACGGCAACAUCUACUUUUUGGUGGCACAUUGAUAUUUAAAGUGUUAUGGGGGUGACCCCCAGCCCUCCUGCAAUUCAAAUCAUGGUUCAUUUCCUGCCUUUUUUUUCUCUCCCUUUAUACUCUAAACUUUAAAGUCAAACUAAAAGAAAGUCAUCCAAGUUCAUUUACUUCUACAAUAACUUUUAUAUUGCCUUCAACAAUAUGACAGGACACAGGCCAAUUGUUUGUCAACAUCUGAAAUGUGACUGCAGAAGACCAUGUUGUGUGAGAGUUGUCCUCCGCGGCGUAUAUCCAUUGUAAAGUCUGCAGCUUGAAUAGACGACGUACUUUACGAGGCACCAGGUGUAGAAGGUAAUGACAACAAGCAGGGAAACCGCGGAGACAAGUGGCAGUGGAGAUAAAUGUUCCCCAAUCACAGCGGAACAAUACGAACCGCCGCAGCCCACGGGAUUACCCAGAUUACGGUUAGAAGUGGCCUUUGAUUAAAGUGUGUGUGUGUGUAAAAUAAAUAAAGGCCUUGAUUAAAA